GUCUGCGAGAGUUCAGAAUGUGAUGUAGUAAGAGGAGAAUGUACUCAAACCUACGUUCCUUACUUAUUCCUAGUGAUUCCUCUAGGUCCGGUGACGCUUACAGGGCAAGAUUAUGUUUUGGUUGAAAGCGGAUGUGUCUGCAGGCCAAAAUAUGCGUCCCAAAAUACCCAAGAAGCUAGCGCGAUCCCGUCUUUGCCCAGGUUAUAGAGAUUUUCCACCCCAGUUGUGAAAUAUGGCAAAUACCUACGUAUUUACUUCAUAUAAUGAAAAAUAGAUCAUUGCCAUAUGAAAAACGAUCUCGCAGAUGAAUUUACAUAUUUAUGUACUUGCAAGGCCUUUUAUCAGCACACACAAUGUGUGCUGAUGAAAUAAAAUUAAAUAUUUCGAAA